AUUAAGAAUUAUUCUACCAUUCUGACUUGAGGGGAACUUCAUGGUGACUCUUCAGUGGCACUCCAGGUUUCUGAGGACUUAUCUCAGCUUUCCUGAUGUCCCUUAGGCAGGUUAGGAGCCAUUGUUUUAAGGGCCAGAAAUGUCAGUGUUAAUUUGCCUUAAUGGUUUUUAGGAACUAGUGAUUUUUUUACAUUGCAGGUGGAGUUUUCAGCCCUGGGUUUGUCCUUUUCUUGUUUCUCUUUGCCAAGAAAACAAGCAAAACCACAGUAUUUUCAUUCCAUGGCAUACUUAGCAUGUCUGAGGGAAUUACUGUAUGUUGCAGUCAAGAGUGUUUCUUGUACAAAGUCAUAUGCUUAAGAGAUUAUAGGAGCUCAGGUGGUUAUGGAAGGCCCUACACAGAAUAUGGACUAACUGGGCCUCAGAGAGAUGGCAAAAUCAGAAAAGCCAGAGUGCAUAGAGAUGGGCAUUGCAAGCAGGAAGAUAGAUCACCCAGAUUUUAGCACAGGAAGAAGCAUUUCAAGUGUAAGGGACACUAAAGAGGCCAUUCUAUACAGGAGAAGGCCAAUGAGCUAGCUCAGGAAUAUGUGAAAUAGUAUUUGAUGGGUAAGAAGGUUGUGCAUAGUGAUAAAGUCUCAGUGAUAAAUUAAGAGUUUUAGCUAGUUUCUGUACGUUAUAGCUAACAAAGUGGUAAAGCAAGGUGGAAAAGCUGGCAUUUAGGUAAACUUCCGCCUAAGCCUGCUGCAGAAUCUUCACAAUCUUCUCAUCUUCUAUUUUAUUUUAUGCUGUUCUGUUAUUCUUUCAUAUGUAACCUUUCCUUUCUUUCAAUAGGUCACUACUGUCUUUUCUGAUGUGUUGUUAAUUCUUUGCUCUUCCUUUUCUGACCUCUCUAGAGCCUAGAAGAGGAGAUAACAUCAAUUUUGUUUAGUGGAAAGGGCUUUUUUGAUAACAUGAAAGCCUCCUUCCCCUCAACCAUCACAUGGACAGCAGAGGGUGCUGUUGUGAGCUCUAAAGCACCCUCUAGAGAAAAGCUUUCCUCCUCGCUCUUCUCACACUUGCCUGAGCUUUUGGCAUUUGUCUCAGUUGUCCUCUCUUUGACCUUGAGCAAAGGCUUCUGCAGAUGUUGACUCUUGCUGUUCUGCCUUCUGCAGUGUCAGAUGUCUGUUUUGGUGCUUGUUGAGGUAAAAUGUUAUUGAUUUUGUGUCCUUGGUUGCUUUUUGUUUCGCAGACACAAGCUCCUGCGUCAGAAGGGCCUUGCACUGAAGCCAGGGAUGCUGUUAAGAGUUCACAUGAGACUCUGAAUGUAGUGGAGGAGAAGAAGCGGGCAGAGGUUGGGAAAGACGAAAGAGUAAUCACAGAAGAAAUGAAUGGUAAAGAGAUAUCACCUGGGAGUGGUCCUGGGGAGAAUCGUAAGGUGGAGCCUGUGACACAAAAAGACUCCACCUCCCUGUCUUCUGAGAGCAGCAGCAGCAGUGAGAGUGAGGAGGAAAAUGUGGGAGAGUACCAGCCCCACCACCGUGUGACAGAAGGCACCAUAAGGGAAGAGCAGGAGGAGUGUGAAGAAGAGAUGGAGGAAGAGCCCAGCCAAGCAGUCAAGGUAGUAGAGAGGGAGGCUCUGGUGCCCGAAGCCAGCCCAAACAGACAUGCUGGUGCCAGUGUAAACACAGUAGGAAUGAUGGCCCAGGAAAAUGUAGUUGCCCAGAAGAUCUCCACAGAGAAGAGAGUAAACGAAGGCACUGUUAAGCAAGGCAUGAGAGAAGAAACAGAGGAAGAGCAACAUAAAGUUAACGGAGAGGUGUCUCAUGUUGACAUUGAUGUUUUGCCACAAGUUAUUUGUUGUUCAGAGCCACCAGUGGUAAAAACAGAGAUGGUAACAAUUUCUGAUGCCUCACAAAGGACAGAAAUCUCCACCAAGGAAGUCCCCAUUGUCCAAACUGAGACCAAAACCAUCACAUACGAGUCUCCACAGAUUGACGGUGGUGCUGGUGGUGAUUCUGGCACGUUACUGACUGCACAAACCAUCACAUCUGAGUCUGUGUCAACGACAACAACCACACACAUCACCAAGACUGUAAAGGGUGGGAUAUCUGAAACAAGAAUUGAGAAACGCAUUGUGAUCACAGGAGAUGCCGAUAUUGAUCAUGACCAGGCGCUGGCUCAGGCAAUCAGGGAAGCCAAAGAGCAGCACCCUGACAUGUCAGUCACAAGAGUGGUAGUGCACAAAGAAACAGAGUUGGCGGAGGAGGGGGAAGAAUAAGAAAGUCAUUUUUUAAACAACAUUCAACUUCAUGAACCUGAAGAAUUUUGAUCAUUCCAAGUCUUAACACCACACCACUACUCCAGCGAAUUUGUGCUACAGCUGGUAACAGUGACCAGAAGCCUGAAGAAUUAAAAUGCCUACACCAAACCUUACCUUAACAGCUCUGGUCUGUACUGUUCCCAUGUAUUUUUAAUAUAUUAUUUUGUUUCAUAACCACUUCUAAAUAUUUUUGGUUCUUUUUUUUAAUUAAGGGGUUUUGUUUUUGUUUCCUGUUUACUUUGUGUACAACUACCUGCUUUUUAUGACUCAUUUACUCAAAUGACAGUGAACAAAGCCAGCCUGAGCUGGUACGGUGCUGUUCACUUGAACAGGUGCUGUUGUGCGGAAAGGAAACUCUGACUAAUUUAGAUAGUGUUUUUCCUUUUUCCAGAUUCUUUCCAUUAAAUUCUUAUAGUAAAUAUUUUACAAUUUUCAGAUUGCAGUAAAUAAUACUGUAUGAAAAAAUAUUAAUAUGGAUUAAAAGCUUUUCUUAUAUCGAAAAUUUUCUAAUGUUCGAGAAUUUCACUAGGGAUGUUUCUUUAUAUUGAACCCUUUGACUUUCCAGUCCUAUGACUUUUUACUUUAAGUAGAAAGUCAGGAAUCUCCAGACUGGAGAAUUAUGAAAUUCACUGACCAUGCACUGUGUUGAGCAACCCUGUUGCACCACAGUGCCAGUGCUUCUCAGACACAUGCUCUUCGACAGCAUUCCAGAAUGGAGGGAAGACAAAGCAAGCUUUCCUCCUUUCCACUAAAAAAUCCAGGCAGCUUAAAAUCUUAGUGCUUUCUUUCUUAACAUUGUCAAAUUUCAAUACUUUCUAUUAUUUGAACACUUGAGUAGUAUACUUGCUUUUUAUUAAAUGUCUACAUGUAAAACUGACCUUCUGUUAUUGAGCAGGUUUAUCUCACAUAAUUUGAUGGUUCACACCAGUUUGAGGGGCUGUGGUGGUUUUUUGUUGAUUAUAAGAAAGUGAUACCAUUUAAAACUGACACCAGAGACCUGAUAGGGACUUAUUAACUGUAUUGAACGUUUCCCCUGCUUUUGACCCUGUGUAUAGUCAUGAUGUUAGAUUUAUAGCAGUUUUAAGUUGUAUUAAGUGACAUUUUGC